CGGAGAUGGAAAGCGUGCUAGCAUGAUACUAAAAUUGUGCAUUGAGAUUUCUUGGUUGGACGUUCAAAUCAUGCAAAUGAAAUGUCUUUAUGACCAGUAAGUGGUAGGGCUGUAUUUUUAAUGUAGGAGACUCGUACCACAGUUGUAAAAAUGCAGAUAAAUUUCUGUAUUUGCCGCGAACCAUUCAGUUUGCUGCCAACUCUCAUUCGUCUACUGUGACGUGGGUCCAGGACCUGCCACUUUAUGUCUUUAUUGAAAAUUAAAUUAUUCCUCUGAGAAUCCCUAGAAAAUUAUCAGUUGCAAUGCGUAUCAGUUUUUGUCAAGGCCUGCUAACCGGUGCCAUCAUCCUCAACCUCCUCAUUCUCUACUAUGUGUCUCGGGCUCAGCACCAAAUGAUGGAGAAGAGGAAGGAGCUCGGCAGGGGCACGAGGAGGGCUGCUCUGCCAGUUUCUGGUCUCGCUGGAGGAGGUCUAGGGGUAGUCGUAGGAGCUGGAGGUGAGCAUGGAGUGGUUGGAGGAGAGGGACACAGUCGAGGCCCACGUGUGACCAUUAUUCUUCGAGAAUUUGAAAACUUUGAGAAUUAUGUUGGGGAUGUGGCUAAUUCCUUCCUCCGUCAUCGCCCAGAGCUUCCCUUUCUGGCUGUAGCCGACAUGCCCCCAUACCCUCCGCUGGUGCUUCCAGAGGGUGCUCGGCUUCUAGUGCUCUCCCCUAGCCCAGAUCAGCCACCGCAAGCUCACAGGCCAGAGUUUCAUGUGCAGACAGAGUUUGUCCUGCUGGUGCCUGAUGGAGUUGAGCUGGAGCAACCUAGGGUUGUUGAGAGGCUCAUCAGGGAGUUGGAAGGUGAGGGCGGGGGGCCUGUGAGGCUGGUAGCUGCACCUGUGCUAGCACGAUCUGCUGUGCAGUGCCUCCACCUCAGGGUGAACCUUAGAGAAUGGACAGCCACAUACUCACCAGCUGCAUCUGGCAGCAGCGGGAGUGUGUGUACGGCUUUACAAGGAGAUGCGAUUGUGUUAAUUCGUACAGAGGAUCUUUUUAACCUCUCUGUUCCUCUGGGUCGGCCCAUCUUUUCAGCACUUUUUAUCCAGACUGCCUUGAGAGGUUGGAAAGUAAAACUGCUGGAAAGCCCAUGUUUCUCCGCAAGCCAUCGGCCACUUUUCAGCUCUGCGCACAACCAGUGGAAGGCUGAAACACGGCUGAAGGAGACCGCAGGUAAACUUAUGAGGAGCUUUGGUUUGAAGCGCAUCUUGGUGCCUGAAGGAAAAGAACAGUGGUAUGGCUGCAGUAAAGAGACACCACGUUGCUUUAGCACUGUGCAAGAUGACACACCAGACUAUCUUUACCUGGAUCGUUGGACACCUCCUUGCUGUCUUCGAGCACUCAGAGAAACCACCAAAUAUGUUAUAAAUAUCUUGGAGAGCUCUGGUGUGCGCUAUUGGCUAGAAGGAGGUUCUCUUUUGGGUGCCAUUCGUCAUCAAGACAUCAUCCCAUGGGAUUAUGAUGUAGACCUGGGCAUCUACCUUGAGGACAUACCUAAUUGUGAUCACUUAAAGAAUCUUGACUCAGGCUCUUUGGUGGAUGCAAAUGGCUAUGUAUGGGAGCGUGCAGUGGAAGGAGACUUUUACAGAGUCCAGUACAGCGAAGCCAACCACCUGCAUGUUGACCUGUGGCCCUUCUAUUCACGUAAUGGUGUCAUGACCAAAGACACAUGGACAGAGCACAAACAAGAUGUGGAGUUCCCAGAACAUUUCCUGCUGCCACUGGUGCCCAUGCCUUUUGCUGGCAUCACAGCCUAUGGCCCCAACAACCACAGAGCCUUCUUGGAGCUGAAGUUUGGAGAGGGUGUUAUUGAGAACCCCCAGUACCCCAACCCUGCAAAAAAAAGGCUGGACAGAAGCAAAUUAUGAGGGAUACUAGAACUCACAAGCCCUUUUGUUAUGUUUUUGUUUACCCAGAACAUGGUGCAUAAAAUGUUUUUCUUUACAGAUACUGCCAGAAAAACUCAAUCCUUAUAUAGUGCCAAAGUGACUGCAUUUGCUGUUGGUUCUUCCAGAAAGUUCUAUGUGAACAGAUUACUGUAGACUCAUAGUUGGUCAGAUUAUUUCUUUAAUUGUUCUUUUAACUAGUAUUUAGAAACGAAGUAUUAGAUCUGGGUGUUUUUUAUUUAUUAAAAAGGUGAUGUUGCUUUUUUUACACAUGGGAAAGGGAGUCAUCAAUGAUGUAAAUCUUUACACUAAUGUGUCAGCAUUGAGGGUAGCUUAAAUAGUCAGACUGAUUUUACUGCAUAAUGUGCUGGAUGUGUUGUACAGUGUAUAUAUCACUAUUGUACAUA